UUCAGUGCAUCAUCAUCUUCAAAAAUCUAAACCCUCACUGAACCCUAUCCGAAUCUUCUUCUCCCACAAUCACCACCAUGGCUCUCUCCAAAGCCACCUUCUUAACGCAUCUCAAAGCCAUAACUCAACCUCACAGAUACAUACGUAUCCGAACACCCUCAUCCCUCUAUCCUCGCUUCCUAUCAUUCUCCUCCCCCGAAGAAGCCGCCGCCGAACGCCGCCGCCGAAAACGACAGAUCCGCAUCGAUCCUCCUCUCUCCGCUCUUAACCGUAAUCAACAAUCACCUAAUCCAAACCCUAAAUCACAAUCCCCACCUUACUACCUUAAUCCCAGUAACCCUAAACUCCCUGAACACACAUCCGCUUUAACCGGUAACCGUCUCAAUCUUCAUAACCGUAUUCUAACCCUGAUCCGCGAAAACGAUCUCGAUGAAGCCGCACUCUACACGCGCCACUCCAUUUAUUCAAACUGCCGCCCUACAAUUUUCACUAUCAACGCUGUCCUCUUCGCUCUUCUCCGUCAGUCUCGUUACUCCGACCUCCUCUCACUCCACCGGUUUAUUACACAAGCCGGCGUUGUUCCGAAUAUCGUUACAUACAAUCUUAUCUUCCAGACCUAUCUCGAUUGCCGUAAGGCUGAUACUGCACUCGAGCAUUUCAAGCAGUUCAUCAAUGAUGCUCCAGUUAAUCCUUCUCCGACCACUUUUCGAAUUCUCGUUAAAGGUUUGGUUGAUAACAAUAGGCUUGACCGUGCUUUGGAUAUUAAGGAACAAAUGGAUGGUAAAGGGUUUGCCUCUGACCCUCUUGUUUAUCACUAUUUGAUGUUGGGUCAUGCUAAGAAUUCCGAUGGCGACAGUGUUUUAAGUCUUUAUGAGGAUUUGAAAGGGAAGCUGGGUGGUGUUGUGGAAGAUGGGGUUGUAUUGGGGAGUUUGAUGAAAGGGUAUUUUCUUAAGGGAAUGGAGAAGGAGGCUAUGGAGUGUUACGAAGAGGCUUUUGUAAAGGGAAAGAAGAUGAGCGAUAUUGCUUAUAAUUCAGUGCUUGAUGCUCUUUCCAAGAAUGGAAAAUUUGAUGAGGCGUUGAAGCUGUUCGAUAGGAUGAGGAAGGAGCAUGAUCCUCCUGUUAAGUUGACUAUUAAUUUAGGAAGCUUCAAUGUCAUGGUGGAUGCUUAUUGUGCUGAGGGAAGGUUCAAAGAGGCAAUUGAGGUUUUCAUGAGCAUGGGUGAGUAUCGUUGCAAGCCGGAUACGUUGUCGUUUAAUAACUUGAUUGAGAAGUUGUGUAAUAAUGGGAUGAUUUUGGAAGCUGAAGAUGUUUAUGGAGAAAUGGAGGGCAGAGGGGUGAAUCCGGAUGAGUUUACGUAUGGUUUGUUAAUGGAUACUUGUUUCAAAGAGAAUAGGUCUGAUGACGCUUCUAACUAUUUUAGAAAAAUGGUGGAAUCAGGCUUGAGGCCUAACUUGGCUGUUUACAAUAGGUUGGUUGAUGGUUUGGUUAAAGUUGGGAAGAUAGAUGACGCAAAGUCAUUCUUUGACCUAAUGGUGAAGAAGCUUAAGAUGGAUGUAGCAAGCUAUCAGUUCAUGAUGAAGGUGCUGAGUGAGGAAGGAAGGUUGGAUGAGGUGCUUGCGAUUGUUGAUAUGUUGUUGGAUGACAAUGUGGUCGACUUUGAUGAGGAAUUCCAAGAGUUUGUUAAGGGGGAGUUGAGAAAAGAAGGGAGAGAAGAGGACUUGACCAAACUUAUGGAGGAAAAAGAAAGGUUGAAAGCUGAAGCUAAGGCUAAAGAGGCUGAGGCAGCCGAAGCAGAAGCUGCUAAAAGAAGAGUAUCAGUUGCAUCAAUACUUCCGUCCAAGUUUUUUGGGGAUAAUAAGGAAACAGAGUCAGAGAGCACUGGUGCCACUCCUUCUGAGUCAGAGUUGGCAGAGAAAACAACUGAAGUUCUUGGUUCAGACCAAGGAGAGGCUAAAAGUGAUAGAGCAAGUGAACAGCUAACAGCUUGAAGGUUCAACUUCAUUGUGCUUUGAUGAGGACCUAUAAUAAGUUGAUGAUGUUUUGAUGAGAUAGUAUAAUGCCAGAGUUUGUUUCUCAAAAUAGUUUUGGAUCACCAUCCUAUGUUACCAAUUUUUCGAAUCAUUGUACAUGUAAAGUAUAUUUGUUGGAAAGAAUUGUGCACUUUAUGAUUUUCCCUAAUGCUUUCUUACAAAUUUAGUAUAGUUCUGUUCCAUCUUGAACCCCUUCAGAAUUUUGGAUACGAGGUAGUCGAAGAGUUUGUUUUGUUAUCUCAUACAGAUUUUGAUAAGUAUGAUUUAUUGGUGAAUUGCAGUCUCGGAGGCUUUGGUUGUAUCUCAUUUUGUUAAGUGCUGCUGGAUGAGGUAUGUUUACCAUGUAAUUUUCUUUAAGAAAGGCAAUGGUAAAACAAACUGGGGAGGGUGGUGUACAACGCACGGCAUUAGAUGCCUUUUUGCUUUUAUGCAAGGUGCUGAUAGAAAAUUGUGCAUUACUAGGACACAAGUUAAUCUUUUGGUAUUAGCAGUUGUGCCCUGUGGGGGGAUACACCAAUAUCUUAUCUUUUACAGGAUGCGUUUUUGUGAUGGCAUUUGCUUUUUCCUCUCAUGUUACCAAAUAAUUAUGCAGUAUUAAUGGCUCUUGUUAAAAUGUAUGCUGAUGGUUCUCAUUUGGUACAAUUUA